ACUUCAGAGUGGGAGUGGGGGAGGUGAAGACAGCCGGGCAAACUGUAUCUCCACCGGGCUGCUUCCUUUCCUCCUCGGGUUUUCUCAGCCGGAGUUAUUUGGCAAAGCCCGCUCCGGGUGCCUCCGAACCCCUCUCGGGAGGUCCAGGCGAGCGGGUUGCGGCGCUGGCGGCCAGGCUGCUGGCCCUCCCUUGGCCUCUCUAGAGCAGUCCCGGCACAGGACAUGUCAGUCUGCAACAGCGCUGGGGGCCCCGCUGCCCUGGACUUUCCCGAAGUCCUGAAGUCCCUGCUGGAGUACUCCUUACCCUGGACCACCAAAAUGACAGAUAAAGAGAAGAAGAUAAAGCUUGAGGAAGAUGAGGCGGCAGCUGCCAGCACUAUGGCAGUCUCAGCUUCCCUCAUGCCACCUAUUUGGGACAAAACUAUUCCUUAUGAUGGAGAGUCUUUCCACCUGGAGUACAUGGAUCUGGAUGAAUUUCUCCUAGAGAAUGGAAUUCCUUCCAGCCCUACUCACCUGGAUUUGAACCAGAAUCCACUCAUGCCUGUGGCUAAGCUGGAAGAAAAGGAGCCAGCCAGUGCUUCCACUGGUUCUCCCGUGUCUUCGUCGUCUACUGCCGUCUACCAGCAAUCUGAAGCAGCCUCCAGCACAGAAUCCCCACCGCAAAACGAGAGAAAUACACCCAGCCCCAUUGAUCCUGACUGUGUAGAAGUUGAGGUGAAUUUUAACCCUGACCCUGCUGAUUUAGUGCUGUCCAGUGUGCCUGGCGGUGAGCUUUUCAAUCCUCGCAAGCACAAGUUUACCGAAGAGGACCUGAAACCACAACCAAUGAUUAAAAAAGCAAAGAAGGUUUUUGUCCCAGAUGAGCAAAAGGAUGAGAAGUACUGGACAAGGCGAAAGAAGAACAAUGUGGCAGCAAAGCGUUCCCGUGAUGCUCGGCGAUUAAAGGAGAAUCAGAUCACAAUUCGGGCAGCCUUCCUUGAGAAAGAGAAUACGGCCCUGAGGACGGAGGUUGCAGAGCUGCGCAAGGAAGUGGGGCGAUGCAAGAACAUUGUUUCUAAAUACGAGACCAGAUACGGACCCUUGUAAGCACACCCCUUUUCCUUGUUAGGGCUCCUUGUUUUAGCCUCUUAGACUUCUCUGCCUUCUGUAGAGACUCUCAGAAAUAAAGUUGGUGGAGGCUUUGCCAUUUUGCAUCUAUUACAAAGAUCUCUUGGCACAACGUUCAGACACUUCUCCUGAUUAUCGUGUUGCCCAAAACCUUAGUGUCCAUAUUUACAACUCUAGCACUAACAGAGCACUUUCUGAUGUCAUACGAAAGAACAGAUUAUCCUGUCCAAAGGAACAUAGGUGGAUUCCUUGUGACCGGAUGGAGCUUUUGCUUUCUGUUCUAACCUCCCUUUUUUUCAAUGGAGGGAAAAUAAGCAAAGACCAGAGUUCCCCAGGCUCUUUUCUUUUUCCUUUUUCUUUUUUUAAAGAAACUCCUACUCUUUUGUACCUGUGUGCCACCUCCCCGCCCCAGUCAAAUUGUGAAACAUAAUUAAGAUGUUGCUGUGCAGCAUCGUGAAAUUUUCCUCUCCCAUUUAGAGGCACUAGAAAGUACUCUCUUCCUGUUGAAGAGGAACAGAGAGUCUUUAGGACAAGGAAAUAUUCAAUCUCUUGUGGAAACUGAGAUCUCUACCUUAAGCGUUACGAAAACUACAAUCAGGACAGUGUUGGUAAAAUACUGCACAAACCUCUUGAUAGGCUCUAAUUCUGGGUAACUUCCAGGAGCCUAGAAUAGAGAACAACAGGGGGUCUCUCACUUAACAGAUGACUACAAAAUAGUUUGAUGUGGAUUUCAGGCUGUAAUUCUACCACCACCCUUCCUUUUUUUGUCCCCUAAGGAGAGACGACUUCUUUGAAUCGCUGUUGAAGCAGCAUAUUCAUCGUAACUGAGGAGUAAGGGAGAUAGCAUUGCUUAGAAAAAGAAGUCUGCCUCCUUAUGCUGAGUUUGAGGCCUAUCUGUUAGGGCAUUGCUUUUAAAUUUUUUACAAAAAAUCUUCCUCCGUACCACGAGAAACAAACCGGCCACUGUUCCUUUGUUGCACCUUACCUGUUGUACAGAGAUUUUGUUUGUUUUUUUUCUUGGUUUGGUCCUUUGCCUCCCGAAUAUGCUAUGGAACAAGCUACCAACAGUACACCUCCAUAUCUCUUGUGUAGCAGUGUAUCUGGACUCUCUGUGCCCACUGGUUCUCUAGCAUGCUUCUUGGUAGAAAAUUAACAUACAAGACUUGCCCUCUUGAAAAUAAUCCAUUCUCAACACCAAGGGCUGCUUCAACAGUAUGUGCUGCUAAAAGAGAACUAUGUUGCGUGUGAUGUUGGGACCUUCUCCAUGACCUCCAGCUGCAAGAACCAGAAGCUUUAACAGAAGCAUUUGUGCAGAAGUUCCCUUCUAGACAAGAGAAGCUAUCUUAAGAUAGCGGUUAUGUCAGAACUUCUAAGCUAUGCUUCCUGGGCUACUGCUUCUGUCAGGGAGUAAACAAGAGGUAGAAGAUGCUGAGGAUAGUUUCCAGUUCCCCUCUUGAAAUCUGAAAAGAACGUUGAGGGAAGUGAAACGGAGGCUCUUUUCUGUACUAAAGGCUUUGUGCCCAGCUUGUUCUUGAAACAUAAUGGAUAAAUUAGUAUGAAUUUAAAACCAAUUGUGCGUUGACUUCUUAAGGAAGUGGAGAGGCAGACUAAUCCAGUACAGUUAGAGUAAAUGUAUGCUUUGAUCUCUCUCCCCCUCUUUUAUGUUCUAAUUCGACCCGAAUGUCUCUUCGUACCGCGUUGGUCUGAUUUCUUUCAAACGUACCAAAAAUUGUCACCCUUUCAGCAGGGGAUUUGCUUUCGCAGGGUGGUGUGUGGUGGUGGUGAUGGUGGGAAGUAUAUUACAAAUAAAUUGUCACACUUAACACUUUGCUUUGUUUAAAGUGACUUAUCUGAUUCCGAGUGAUGCAACUUUAAAGACUUUUAAAAACAAAGAAACUAAAAAGCACACAUGAAUCGCCAGUCUUCAGAGUGAGCAGUGAAAUCUUUGAGGUGUCCCAACACAACUGACGAUGACCCUGCCUGCCUGCUUGCCUGCAAGUACCCCAUCUGAACUACCCAGGGCUGGGCAUGAUGAAAAGUGCAAAGUCUCCUUAAUUCUGUAUAUGGCUUUCUUAUCUGUCUUUCUCACUGUAACUAUGAACUACAAUAAGCUUACUUACUGGGGUUUUGUCGAGACGCUCAAAGUUCGUGUUUCAAAGUCUGUUGACAGCCUGUGUGAGCAGUGACUGUUUUGGCACUCGAGUGGAAGAAAAUAGAGAGAUUUAAAUGGAAGUGUCUGUAUAUAUUAAGAACUGCUAUACUUUAAAACUUCUUUUCCCCUGCAGUAGAAUAAGUUGUACCUAAUGCUGCAGCUCGCUUCUGGUACAGCACAGCAUCUUGUGGAGUAUUGUGAGUGCAGAAUCAAAGGCAGCAGUUUGUGAUGUGUAAGGCUUCCAGUGCAGAGUUAUACAGCAGAUGUAUUGAAGCAAUCCAGAAAGUGCCCCAGCGUGCCAUACAAAGGCUUGUAAUAAAUCUCUAUCGAACGGCCCACGUAAGAGAAAAACACUGCUGUAACCUGCUUUCUCAUUUUUUUUUGUAAGGCUCACUUUCUUUAAUGGUAUCUCUCUGAAACGAAGUCUGUUCUUCUGUUACGAGUUAGCAGUCGUGGACAAGGUGCUAGUCUGAUCCCCAUGUCUUUUGGCAAUGUAAGACUACCAGUAUUAGUGUUAGUGCCAGCAAAGCAAUGGCCAUGAGCUGCCGUGCUGCAGUUUGCUUUCUCUUGACUACAUGAGUACUGCAGUGGAGAAAGAGUACUUCAUCUGUUUGACAAAUCUGAAACAGCUAAUGACUUUGGAGAAGUACAGUGGACACCUUAAGUACCAACACCCUUCCUUGUGCUGGUGUGGGAGAGUAGACGAAAGCUUAGGCAGAUUGUGGAGAUGAUGAGUGUGUGUAGAAGAGAUGGGGAAAGUAGGUGGAAGUUCCUUUGCAAUAGCUUCAUCAGCCAAACAAGAAUCUAUGCUGAGGAUGGUUAAGAGCUAUAUUUAAGUGGGAAGAACAGGACCUUACUUUCUGGGAAAGUAGCACAGAGCCGUGCUGAAGCCUGUAAGACAGGAGUGAAUGUUUGGUGUAUUUGUGCCUGGAGAUGGAUGAACAGCAUACACCUCAAGAGAAAUAACCCAAAAAGCUUUCAAGAAGCACAAGUGCCUGAGUUACAAGGCACAAGUGGUUACCAGCAAAACCUGACACAAUAUUGAGCAAGUAUUCCGAGUUAGUGUUUAUCCGAGAGGUACCACUCUUCAGAGCAGGAAGGCAAAGAGAAAAAGAUGCAAGGCAGCACAUAACGUUGUACCUUCACUUAAAAAAUAAACAUUAAAAUCCAGGAUUUGCAA